ACGGCUGUCGCACUGCGCGUGUGUGACGACUUCCGCCCGGUACUAAGAUGGCGGCGACCAGUUGUGUGCGCGUCUGUUCUUCGGGAGGCCAGUUCAGCGCCGAGCAGCUUUAGGAUACAUCUGAAAAUCUUGAAGGUGGUGUUAAAGCCCUUGUACGUAGGAAGAGCAAGUAUUUAUGUCAUUCAGAAUGCCCAACUCCAACUCUAAAUUGCAUCGUAUCCAUAGAGGUGCCCAGGAAGCUGGCAGGCAAGAGUUGGUUUCCAGGUCUUUGCAGAGCGCUCAGCAUUGCUUGGAGGACCAAGAUUUUGGAACUGCGUAUGCUCACUAUCUGCUGGUACUAAAUUUAGCUCCUGAGUUAAAACCUAGUGUCAAAGAAACAUUUCGGUUUACUCUCUUUAAAUGGGCAGAAGACCUAGAUUCUCUGUCACGGAUUCAAGAUCUGUUUAACUGUUAUGAACAAGCACUUGAACUGUAUCCAAAUGAUGAAGUGAUAUGCAAUAGUAUGGGAGAACAUCUUUUCAGAAUGGGCUUUCGAGAUGAAGCGGCUGGAUAUUUUCACAAAGCAGUGAAGCUCAACCCAGAUUUUGCUGAUGCAAAAGAGAAUUUUUACCGCGUUGCAAACUGGCUUGUGGAACGCUGGCACUUCAUCAUGCUCAACGAUGCCAAGAGGAAUCUUACUUACCUAAAAGCAAUUGAGAAUGCUGUCCGCUCAGGGUGCAAAUCUGUCCUUGAUAUUGGAACAGGAACAGGAAUCUUGGGUAUGUUUGCAAAAAAGGCAGGAGCACGUUAUGUCUAUGCCUGUGAAUUAUCAAAAACCAUGUAUGAACUUGCCCGUGAUGUGGUGUCAGCAAAUAAUAUGGAAAGAGAGAUCAAACUUCUGCAUUUGAAGUCACUUGAUAUAGAAAUUCCAAAGCACAUACCUGAAAGGUACGUUUUUACCCUCUGUUGUGAUAUCGUUUUUAAUUUACUCUUAACUCAAGAAAAUAACUGGUGGCCUAAGCAGGAACUAACUUUGCCUGUCAUAUUUAGCCAGAAUGUGGGACAGUUCUCUGUAAGUUUUAUGUUUUUAUGGAGCAGUGCAGAGAUGAUAGGUUUUUUUAGAGCAUACUAAUUUCUAGCGUAAAUCAAUGAUGUAAUAAGUUUAAUUGUUUGGUGUGAGCUUUGUAGCAUGUGCAAUUAUAUUUCAGCAACAGGAGAAGAGAAAUAAGAUUACUCCAUCAAAAAAGUCAUCAUUUAACACACUUGUAUACUGAACUUGUGGUUCACUUUUGCAGCCUGUGAAUAGGAUGGAGGUGUGUAAUAGGCCUGCAAAGGUAGACGCUUCCCGGGACAUACCACACCCAUGCAACUCCACAUUGACUUCUGUGUUUGUCAGAGAGAUCGGAAAUUGCAGGUUGUCUGCCUCUUCUGACAGGGGAGUAAGGGAAAUCCUCUUCUCCCCUGUCUCCUAAGGAGAGCGCUGCUGUAUUUGGAGGCAAGAAGGUGCCAUGUGAUACAUGCAGGAUCAUGGUGGUUUCCAUCUGGAAGGCUGGUGGUGGUUGGGCCGACUCUAGAUGUGUAUGUCGGUACCCAGCUGUGGAGGGAUCCACAGGGCUUUGAGCAUGACUUUAGAUAUUGGAGCAAAAAUCAGUGGAACUGUGUUGCAGUUUGUCCUGUGAUAGUAGGUUUUUGUGUUUGUAUUGAGCUUUUUGUUUGUAUACACACAUCAGCCCACCUGUCCGCGCAGCAGAGAUUCACAUGCUUUGGAAAACUAAAUAGUUUAUUUUUCCAAUAUCAAGUAAUGCCUUCUUUAGCAUAGGAAGAGCUACUGGGUCAAGUCACCAUCUUGGAAUUGCUCAUGGCAAGUUAGAAUUUGGUCAGUAUUACAGCUUUGAGGAUAUGUGAUCUAGGUGUUCUAUGCUAUGCUGCUGCUUGCUCACUGUCCCAUUCAGCAGGUGUUCCUCAGGAGGAUCUGUAAAUUUUUAGCAGGUAGAAAUCCGAGGGGAUUUUUGGUUUGGUAUAUGUGAAGCACGGAUUUAUCACUUCAACUCACCACUGCUAGGGAUGCAGAUUAAAUGUGGGAAGGAGAGUUUCCUUGGUUGUCACAGAAACAGUUGAUGCUGGUUUAUUUGGAGAAGGAAUUGUGGAGAGCUUGAUACAUGCUUGGGAACAUCUACUUUUACAACCAAAGCCUGAAAAUCAAGGUGUCAGUAGUGGAGACUAUGGCCGAGUUAUUCCCGCAAGUGCUACCAUAUUUGGGAUGGCAGUGGAAUGCAAAGAGAUACGUAGACAUCACAGAGUGGGAAACCAAGAAGUUGCUGGUGUGCACUUGCCAGAUUCAGUGCAGUUCUGUAGUCCAACGUACGAUUCUGCUGGUUCAGAGGAAACGGUUGAACCUUAUACCACUGAGAAGCUCAGUCGUAUUCCUGGAGGUUAUGUACCUCUGACAGAAGCCUGUCAAGUAAUGACAGUAGAUUUCAACAAUCUGCAGGAGCUGAAAAGCCUUGCAGCUAGAAAGCCCUGGAAGCUCAGCCUGCCAGUCACUGAAGGAGGAAUACUAGAUGCUAUUGUGGUAUGGUUUGUACUACAGCUUGAUGACGAGCACGCUCUAUCGACAAGUCCCAGUGAGGAAACUUGCUGGGAACAGGCAGUCUAUCCUGUGCAGGGCCUCCUCGAUUAUUCUGUGAAUACUGGAGAUACUGUGAUGAUGGAAGUUUGCUGCCAAGACUGCUACUUGAAGAUCCAGAAGUUUUCUUCUGUGACUUCAGAGUGUGGGAUGGACUUCAGUGACAGAGGUGACACGCUGAGUUUGGGCAAUGAGGCUGAAUUAUGUAAUGCUCUGGCUGGUCUUCAGACGACAAGCAAACAGGAUGGCAAUGGACAAGUGUGCGUGUUGGAAUCCACAGAAAUAGCCCUGCUGAACAACAUACCAUACCAUGAAUGCUUUAAAGCUGCCAUGGGCAAAGUGCUGUUGUCCUUAAAUCCAAGUAAGGACUCGCAGUCCAUGGAUGUUGAUGGACAUGGCAGUGGGAUGAACCUGCAAGAAAGUCAAAACAAGAGUUCUCUGCAUGUGGCUCCUGAUCCUUUGUAUGUUUUAGAUGUAUCUGAAGGCUUCUCCAUCCUGCCAAUUAUAGCUGGCAAACUUGGACCAGUUAGAGCCUACAGUUCUAUUGAGAAAGAACAGCAUCAGGCAGCACUUAAUUUGAUUUCAGAAGCUAACCAUUUCCCUAAGGAAACGUUAGAGUUUUGGCUCAGCCACUUAGAAGAUGAAAAUGUGGUGCUGCAGAGACCAAAAUCGGACAAAUUGUGGAGUAUUAUUAUCUUGGAUGUUAUAGAGACAUCGGGUUUAAUCCAGCAGGAGGUGAUGGAAAAAGCUGCAAUAUCUAGAUGUUUACUUCACAGUGGAGGAAAGAUAUUCCCGCAGUAUGUUUUGGUAUAUGGGAUGCUUGUAGAAUCAGAGUCUCUGUUACUGGAGAGUGCUGUUCAAGGAACAGAACCAACUCUUGGGUUUAAUAUAGCCCCUUUUAUCAACCAGUUCAAGGUACCUGUUCGUGUGUAUUUGGAUCUCUCUACAUUACCAUGUCUACCCUUGAGCAAGCCAGCAGAGCUUUUAAGGCUGGAUCUCAUGAACCCUCUCUUGAACAGCUCCAGCAGAGAAGUGAAGGUACAAAUUUGUAAGUCUGGCAAGGUUACUGCAAUUCCCUUCUGGUAUCACGUACAUCUAGAUGAAGACCUUAGCUUGGAUACAUCUGAUGAGUUUUCACACUGGAAACAAGCUGCAGUUGUUCUCGACAAACCCAUCCAAGUUCAGGUUGGAGAUGAACUUGUGCUUGAUGUUCAACACCAUAAAAGCAAUAUUAGCAUUACAGUUAAACAGUGAAGAAUAUCAUGUGUACACUGAUUUGUGGUUAAUUGCCUAUGCAUAAAUUGACUGUUCAUAACAUCACUGGUGUUAAUUCACAUUAAAGUCUAAGUUUUCUACUGGGCAAAAA